UCUCUAGACCAAACCGUACCUGCCCAGCCCAAAUGAAUGAAGACCGCGGCGCGAGCGAAGCCGUUGCUGUCUUUGGCGCCAACUCCCGACAAAGCCCCGCCCUCCAUAGCCAUAACCAACUCCUCGCCCAACCUCGCCCCGUGGUUCGAUAAGUACGUCGACCGGACCAAUGUCGGCUCCUGGAACUCUGUCAUCGCCGAGCUGGCCCGCUCCGGCGACUCGGCCGAGGCUCUCGGGGCCUUCGCUUCUAUGCGAAGGCUCUCCGUCUCCCCGAACCGCUCCUCCUUCCCCUGCGCCAUCAAGUCCUGCUCUGCCCUCCUCGACCUCAGCUCCGGCCGGCAGGCCCACCAGCAGGCCGUGGUGUUCGGGUACGAGUCGGACCUCUUCGUCUCGUCCGCCCUGAUCGAUAUGUACUCAAAAUGCGGGGAGCUGACGGACGCCAGGUUGCUGUUUGACGAAAUGCCCCGCAGAAAUGUCGUUUCCUGGACGUCGAUGAUGACUGGCUACAUCCAAAAUGGUAACUGGCUCGAAGCUUUAUCAGUUUUCAAGGACCUUUUGGUCGAAGAGAGAGAGAUCGGGAGGUCAGACAAUGGGGAGGUUCUCGUCGACUCGAUAGCCAUGUCGUCUGCAUUAUCAGCAUGUUCUCAUGCUGCCAAGAGACAUACCACUGAGGGCCUCCACAGCAUCGUUCUGAAGAAGGGGUUCGGGUCUUAUUCGGGAGUCAGGAACGGUCUGAUUGAUGCAUAUGCAAAGUGCAGGGAGGUUGGGAAGUCAAGGGAGGUGUUUGAUGAGAUGGGUGAGAGGGAUUCUGUUUCUUGGAACUCGAUGAUUGCUGUCUAUGCGCAGGGUGGAAUGGCGAUGGAGGCAUUGGAAGUGUUUGCGAAAAUGGUGAAGGAGAGAAGUGUCAAAUUUAAUGAGGUGACGCUCUCUACUGCGCUGUUUGCUUGUGCUCAUCUGGGGGCUCUGCGUGCAGGGAAGUGCAUACAUGAUCAGGCCAUAAAGAUGAACCUUGAGGGGGAUGUCUAUGUUGGCACCUCCGUUGUUGACAUGUAUUGCAAGUGCGGGAGAGUCGAGAAGGCGAGGAAAGCAUUUGUGCGUAUAAAACAGAGGAACGUCACAACAUGGACUGCCCUAAUCAGGGGCUACGGAAUGCAUGGACAGGCCAGAAAAGCCCUGGAAGUCUUCUACGACAUGAUAAAGGCCCGAGUGAGGCCUAAUUACGUCACCUUCGUGUCAGUCUUAAACGCCUGUAGCCACUCAGGCCUCCUUGAUGAGGGCUGGCACUGGUUCAACUCAAUGCUGCAUGAGUAUGGUAUUGAGCCUGGGAUUGAGCAUUACGGUUGCAUUGUGGACCUCCUUGGGCGAGCGGGGCAUCUUCAGCGGGCUUACGACCUGAUCCAGGGGAUGAAGAUGGAGCCUGAUUUCGUGAUCUGGGGGUCCCUCCUUGGGGCCUGUAGGGUCCACAAGAAUGUAGAGCUCGGGGAGGUUUCGGCGAGAAAGUUGUUCGAGCUGGACCCAGACAAUUGCGGAUACUACGUGUUGCUCUGCAACAUAUAUGCUGAUGCUGAACGGUGGGAAGACAUAGACAGGGUCAGGGGGAUCAUGAAGAGCCGAGGGCUGGUGAAGACUCCAGGGUUCAGUCUGGUCGAGCUCAGAGGUCAGGUCCACAUGUUCCUAGUUGGGGACAGGGAGCAUCCUCAGCACGAGAAAGUCUACCAGUUCCUUGAGGAGAUCUCUGUGAGACUCCAAGAGGCUGGCCAUGUCCCGAACACUUCCUCGGACUCCCAUGAUGUCGAAGGGGAAGAGAAGGAGAUGUUCCUCCGAAUCCACAGCGAGAAGCUUGCAGUUGCCUUCGGGAUCAUGAACUCCAGUCCAGGCACCACUGUCCAAGUUAUCAAGAACCUCAGGGUCUGCACAGACUGUCACACGGUCAUCAAGCUGAUGUCUAGGAUAGCUGACCGGGAGAUCGUGGUCAGGGAUUCGAAGCGGUUCCACCACUUCAAGGACGGGUCGUGCUCGUGCGGAGAUUACUGAUAAAUUCAUUUUUUAAAUAUUUUUCUGUCAUGAUAAAGAUCUCAUGACAUUUGGGGCAAGACUGUAAAUCAGCGAAAGAACAGGGAUAUGAUGGUAAAUUGAUGGCGGCCGCCACGCAUCGCGAGGAGCGCUGUCCAAUAA